UAAGUUUCAAAAUAUAAAUAACGACUCAUUGACACCGAUUCAUUCCCACGGUUAGUAAAGUAAGCCGUUACUCCGAUAAUGCUUAUCGAUAGACUUUCGGUUGCCGUAGCAGCAACAAGUAUAACUGACAACAAACUAUAUUAUGUACAAAUUUCGUUUUCUGCGGCAACUGCGCUACAGUUUAGUCCCACAGAAUUCUAGAACAGCAUUAGCACAUUCACCGCCAUGUCGCCUGCUGUCCAGUCAUCACAAGCGAAGGCCACAACUCGGGCCAAUUCCAUCAGAUCAGCUGGACCGACUAAAGAGCGAAUAUUUCGAACGCCGCUGUGAACUAAGCAACGAGGAUUGGCAACACGUGCGGCACACACUCACUGAUAGCUUUAGACACAUAAAUGGCACUAACGUUGAUGCCAUCAUACUGGGUCUAUGCAGCAAAGCCGAGCAGCUCCCGGUGGCUAAAAGUUAUUUAAAGCAUUUGCAGGCGCAGGGACUCAAACCCAAUGCGGCGACAAUGGGUCGUCUAUUACGAGUCUAUAAUGCCGCCUACCAUACACGCGAGCUCAGCGACGAGGAGCAGUCAGAAAUUAUGCAAAUCUGUGAUUCGCUGCAAAAUGCCCACGCUAUCUUGGAUGCCAGCAGCUGUGAGAACUUAAUCCAUGGCCUGGUGGCCACCACUCAAUACUGGCAACGCGCUCUGCCGCUACUUGACAUGAUGAACUUGACCACGACACCAAGUGUAUCCGCCUACACUGCGCUUGCAGUCAAGGCAUUUAGCUCCGAUCAGCCAGAGCUGGGCUGGCGUCUGCUCGAAGAGAUGCUGCAAGCGCGCAAGCUGCCCAAAUGCGAGAUCUUUCUGGCGCUGCUGGCGCACUAUGCACGGGAUGUGCAGACACUAGGUGCCCAGCUGGAGCGACUGUUCAGCUUCCUUGAGCUGUACGACAUUGUGAUCAGCGAUUUGGUGGCACAGCAACUGUUGGCACUGGCGCAGCGGCUACCGCAGCAGCUGCAAGUGACUGCAACGGGGCUGGAACGGUUUGGCAAAUGCUGUGCUUGUCAGCAGAAUUUGCAGCAUGUGGCCAUUAGUGAUGCCCAGUUCGUUGAGUUACGUGAAUCCUUUCUACAGAAGGUGCUGAUACGCAACGAUGUAUUCCAGAAGACGACGCCACAAGAGUUGCAGCGCUUCAAGCAGUAUGUGGAGAAAACUGCGCCAUACGAUUGCGUAAUCGAUGGCCUCAAUGUAGCCUACUCCACCGGGAACAAGAAGCCGCCAGAGCAGCUGGCCAAGCUGCUGGCCACCGUGGUGCGGUAUUUUAAGGAGCGGCAGAAGCGCGUCCUUGUGCUGGGUCGCCAGCACAUGCGCAACUGGUCCAAGCCGAUCAUGAAGUAUAUACAGAGCAAUGCCAGCGUUUUUCUUACUAACAAUCUCACGCAUGAUGAUCCCUUUCUGUUGUAUGCAACGUUGCGCAGCGGCCAGGAUACGGACUUCUUUUCGCGUGAUCUGAUGCGCAGUCAUGCCCAUUUGCUGGGGACCGAACUAAAAUCCACCUUCCGACGCUGGCAGCAGGAACAUCAAUACUCGCUCGUCACCCGAACAGAAACGGGUCAGAUAAUUGUCAAGGAGCCCAUUCGGUAUCGAUUGAGCGCCCACAAAGUGGGCAAUGUCUGGCAUGUGCCAUACUGCGAGGCAUACUCUCCCAACCCGCCAGAGAGAUUUGAGGUGCCCGAGAAAUGGCUGUGCAUAACCAUUGCCCAAUAAUUAGUACAAUACGCU